UCGGAAGGCGAAGGGAGGGAUCCCGUUUUUGCACGUCUUCUUCACAAAAAAACACCCUAAUGUUUCCAGGGAGACACAUCGCGCUCCGGACACUUCUCGUUCACUGCGAAAGCAGCAGAAACCAAACCGAAUGAGACGAGUUGAGGGCGGACCGGGCUGAGAGGUACGAGCCGGAGACCGACAGGCACAUCCGCUGCUUUCUCCAAUUCAACCAAAAUUACCGUUCUUUUUUUUUUUUUUAAACCAAAACGGUCUGUACAUCUCUCGGAGUCUUGAAAUGCGGGCUCACACGACCUCCGGUACCGUGACGUCUUAUUUCGGUGGAAUCCGCCGUUUUGAUAAAUGUCCCCCAGAACAAUCACAUUAGCUCGCUAACAGAAAGACAGAAACUCCCCCCUCGACUCGACCCGUUUCGGUUGGCUUUUGAACCCUCAUCUGUCGCCUCGAUGCUGGUCUUUUCCUUAUUUUCUCAACACAUCACCGAUGCAGCUCAACGUAAACCGACGUCCACCGGGGUCGGUUCUAUUAUCGAGGCAGCGAGAGUCCAGCGACAUGGUCCGGGAGCGUCUGGGGAGGGUCGGGGGAAAGUGAGAGGCUAAGUGGGGAGGGAGGGGGCGCAGUCUGGGCUGUUAUUUUGUUGUUUUCUUCUGAAGAUUUUUGGUUGGUAACAACAUAGUGGCACCAUGUGGAUGUAGUUUCUUUUUUGUAUUUUUUUUUGUACGCAUCAAUUUAACCUGGAUGUAACUGUCUCAGUGAUCGGUGCUGCCUUCAAGGACCGUGACAAGGAGGAUCCAUUGAGAAGUGAGGCUGUGUUUUUCCUUCCUCCCGUGACCGACAGCCAGUCUGAUCUGGGGUGUAUGUUUUUUUUUUAUCCCGGUUUGAACACCAAUCCGCAGCCCACGUAUUAGUUUUUUUUUUCUCGUGGAAGAAGAAGAAGAAGAAGAAGGGCACUCAGGGAGCGAACAUGUCUGUACGCACGGCACUGCCCGGCAGCGAGCGGAAGCCCGAUCAUCAUACCUCCCUGUCGGCCAGCCGCUCGGAGAAAGGCACUGGCUGGUCGAGCCGCUCGCUCGGCGCCCGAUGCCGCAACUCCAUCGCCCUGUGCUCGGACGAGCAGCCGCACAUCGGGAACUACCGGCUGCUCAAAACCAUCGGCAAGGGCAACUUUGCCAAGGUUAAACUGGCCCGACACAUACUGACCGGCAGAGAGGUUGCAAUAAAGAUCAUCGAUAAAACACAACUAAACCCGACCAGCCUGCAGAAGCUGUUUCGAGAGGUCCGCAUCAUGAAAACUCUCAACCAUCCCAACAUCGUGCAGCUGUUUGAGGUCAUUGAGACGGAGAAGACUCUUUACCUGAUAAUGGAGUAUGCCAGCGGAGGCGAAGUAUUCGACUACCUCGUGGCUCAUGGCAGAAUGAAGGAGAAAGAGGCCAGAGCCAAGUUCAGACAGAUUGUCUCGGCGGUUCACUAUUGUCACCUGAAGAAUAUUGUUCACAGAGACUUAAAGGCGGAGAACUUGUUACUAGACGCCGACGCCAACAUCAAAAUAGCCGACUUUGGCUUCAGUAACGAGUUCACUGAGGGCAGUAAGCUGGACACGUUCUGCGGCUCGCCGCCCUACGCAGCCCCAGAGCUCUUCCAGGGGAAGAAGUACGAUGGUCCCGAGGUGGACAUCUGGAGCCUGGGUGUCAUCCUGUACACACUGGUCAGCGGGUCCUUGCCCUUCGACGGACAGAACCUAAAGGAGCUGCGGGAGCGUGUUUUGAGGGGGAAGUACCGCGUGCCCUUCUACAUGUCUACGGACUGCGAGGGAAUCCUGCGCCGCUUCCUGGUCCUCAAUCCGGCAAAGCGCUGCUCGCUGGAUCAAAUAAUGAAAGAUAAGUGGAUCAAUAUUGGGUACGACGGAGAGGAUCUGCUACCCCACACAGAGCCUGUCGAGGACUUAAACAACACCAGCCGGAUUGAUGUGAUGGUCGGGAUGGGCUUCACCAGAGAUGAGAUCAGAGACUCGCUGUCAAAUCAGAAGUACAACGAAGUCACCGCUACGUACCUGCUGCUGGGACGAAAGAACGAGACGGAAGGCGGCGAGUCUCGGUCGGCAAGCAGUCUGAGUCUGGCUCGAGUCCGACCCAGCACCAUCACCAACGGAACCAGCAAACCCGCCGCUUCUUCCUCCUCCUCUUCCUCUUCCGCCGCAACUUCUUCCUCCACUGGCCACAAGGCGCAGCGCAGCGCCUCCACCUACCACCGCCAGAGGCGACACUCAGACUUCUGUGGUCCGGCACUUCCAGGAUCCGCGCAACCCAAGCGGAGCCCCAGUGGCGUUGGCGAAGGGGCGGGGCUUAAGGAGGAGCGGCUAUCCAGCCGCAAGCCAAGCACCAGCACCAUUGGCUCUCGUAGCAUCCCAACGCCCUCCAGUCCCAUGGUCAGCUCCGCCCACAACCCCAACAAGGCAGAGAUACCCGACCGGCGCAAGGAAGCCAACGUGACCACGAAUAACAUCCCUGCCAGUGCCAUGACUCGAAGAAACACGUACGUGUGCACAGACCGAUCAGGCACGGACAGACACUCGCUCCUGCAGAAUGGCAAGGAAAACAGUUCCUUAUCCCAUCGCCUGCCCCCCGCCUCCCCCUCAACCCACAGCAUCGCCGGAGCCUCCGCGGCCUCCACCUCCUCCACACCCUCCACUCGCCUCUCCAGGGGCUCCACGGUGAGGAGCACUUUCCACGGGGGGCAGAUUCGGGACCGCCGCCCCCCGUCCCACGCUACCCCGGCCUCCCCGACGCUGUCGUACGACGCCAGCCCGUUGCCACACGCCAGGACCCGGACCACCACCAACCUGCUCAGCAAACUCACCUCCAAGUUGACCCGCAGGGUCUCUCUUGACCCGUCUAAACGUCAGGGCUCAAACAAGUCCAUGUCGGGCUGCACCCUCCCACAGGGGACAAAAACAGUUAACGAACCUGAGAGAAUCAGCAGAUCUCCGGUCACAAGUCGCCAUCUAUCUGGGCAUCAGAAAGCGGCCGAGCCCCGGACCCCCCGAUGCGGCUGGGAUGUGAGGGUCCGAAGCCCCCGCGACCCGGCCGAGGUGGUGCUAGCGUUACGCGAGGCGGCGCAGGGCUGCGGCUGCCAGGUCCACCUGGCCGGGCCUUUCCUCCUGUCCUGCACCCACGGAGCUGCCGGCGCCCGCGUUGCCUUCGAGGCUGAGGUCUGCCAGCUGCCCAGCGGGCUGGGCCAAAGCAGCGGUGUGAGGUUCAAGCGCCUGUGGGGGGCGCCGUUGGCCUUUAGAGACAUUGCCACCAAAGUGUCCAAGGAGCUGGAGCUCUGAGGGAAACCGGAGGUGAGGCGGAGUGACAACCGACAGGAUGAUGAACGAGGAGGAGGAGGAACCACGAGGACGCCUCCUCCCGCUCCUUUUCUUCACUGUGCUCCACGCCGUGCCGAUGCAGCUAGUGAUGCCUCGCCUCCGCUAAAGGCCGCUUCUUCUGACGACAGAAAAAGGGGACGCACAGACACGGAUGGACCGCCGUCGGCAGACUUGAUGACCCUUGACCUUGGAACUUUCAGUGACCUACGACCCCUGCUUGAAACGCACCACCACCUCCAUAUUUUCUGAGCCCACAGUCAGGUUGUUUUAUUUCUAUUUUUUCACGAUUUGGUGUCUGAUAAGGAUGGUGUUGCUGAGAAUGAUGGAGAUUGGUAAUUUGUUGUUGACAUUGUUAUUCCUAUUGUAUCCCAUUUGUUGUCAUCAUUCCUUUUUAAAGAGCUGCUAUUUCACGAUUGUUUUGUUCAUGGAGUUCAUUUUCGCUUUAAUGCUUUUAAAAAUGUGUCAGUGAAUGGCAUCAGUUGUCAUCCUCUGAAGCGGCUGUCACAUAUUUCUGAAUUAAGGUCGCUGUCUGACCUCCGGCCUCUAGGGGGAGACAUGCAGAAAUGCAGAGACUUGUGACAGACUGAAUGAAGCAUCGCGGCCUUUCUGGCCCUCCAUUGUCCAUCCAUUUGUUUUGUACCGUUUUUGGGAGUGUGGCCUCCCUGCCUGCUGUCCAUAGCGCAUUCUCUGCUUUGUGUUGAUAGCUGGCAGGUGAGCAGCGUACAGAGGAGCAAAGUUGCCUAAUAAUGCAGAACCCAGCUGAAUUGUUGUACUUGAUAACUUGUCCAUUUGAUCUUAUGCUCUGCUCCUUACUUAUACUCUACUCCAACAUUUCUAAUGUGCUACCUUUUUAUUUACAGGCAAAAGUCUUCUCAAUUUUCUUUAAUUAUGUAAUAGUAAUGUUGAUUUAAAGCGCAGAGUAGGAUUUAUUUCCUACUGGAUUCCCAACAGGAACUGGAUCUGUGUUUUUAUGAGGCAAUAGCAUGUCUUAGCUAGAUUUCCUUAUCUGAAGGUGGAUGUACGCAGAACAAAAAAGUCCCUUUAAUGUAUUUUCCCGUCAGCUUGUUUUUUCUAUUUAGAUCCCCACCCAAAAAACUGGCUCAGUCAAAAUAAUGCCUUAUUCUGAGAAAAAGGGAUAUUUUACCCUAAUGGUUUAAUUAAAUAUAAUCAGUUUAAUGUUUUACGUAACGGAAAAUGAAGGUCAAAUCGAAUGCUCUUGCUGAGUUGGGUUGGUGAAAAAUUACCAACCCAAUCAUCAUAUUGAUUACUGGUCAAAUACCGUAGUAGUGUGACUGGUACCAGUUUUUAUCUGAUGGGUUGUAUAUAUAACACAUUACGAUACAAAAAGAAAAUACAGUGCUUAUUUUCUCGCUAGCAGCCAUAGUUCAUAAAGCCAAUCCAAGUUAAAGCUCUGCAUAAGCAACACAUAUUUGAACCCCUUUUAAUGAUGAAUAUAUUGUAAUAGAUUACCUUUGUUUAUAAUUUAAUCUCUUCAAAAAACAUGUUUCCCCACACACAUGGUUACUGUAGCUCUUACUGGUUUGGAGUAAAUUGAGGAGAUUUGGCUUUUUAUUGGUAGCACUUAACAAAAUCAAAGUCUGUCAGAAUGUCACCGCCAUUGCUUUGCCUCAAAUAUAGUGCAAUACAACCACAAAGCCAAGAAUCUAGACUUGAAUAAGCAUACACUCAAUAGGGCGCCUUGUUUCAUUUAUAUUUUUUAUAAUGCGGAUAUGUUCUUAAAUUUUAUUGAGCACUUUUCUUCUCACGUUUUAGCCAGGUGUGCUGUACUGGCAGAUUUUUUUAAAAUUAAUCUGUAUUUCUAUUUUGUUAUAAAAUUGUCUCUCACAUGUAAAGCCCAAAGACAUUCUGAAAGCCCUUUUAUCCUUUACUUAAUCUCUUGGCAUCAUUCGAUUCCCUUCAGUGAAACGAUGGCUCUGGGUGUCCAAAGCUAUAUUAAAGUUAGUCCAGGGAACUUUCAUUUCAGCGGCCCCUGCGAUGGCUUCUAGAUCAGAUGGAGGCAUCAGUGUUGCUUCUGAAACCGGCUCAACCAGUUUAAAGUUCCUUGCAGUAACUAGGAGGAAAUUAGGGACUACAAAAACUCUAAAUGGCAACAUUGUGACACCAACAAGCAACAUUUUGUUUCGUCCAAUAUUUUGAUUAUUUUUAGUUCUUAACCUACAACACUUUUGAUACUUAAGCCGUCGACCGACCAGGCGGCAGCCCUGCUGGGGCGUGUCUGACUGUUGACCAAUCAGAUUCCAGUAUUGCUGUAGGAGGUGUAUGACUGUUACGCAAUCAGUCCCCUGGCUCAUUAAGCCCCUGCAUAACUUAAAGCAUGACGCCAUGGAGAUGAGUAACCUUUGGGAAAUGUUCUUUCAUGAAGAACAGUUGGCUGGUCGGGACACAACAAAGCUACCAAGAUCUGACAAAAAGAAAGUCCCCAAUUGAUCAUUUAGUGACUGAAGGUGCUUGAACUAUUGUUACCCCUUAAAUUCAACCAGUUAUGACUAACUUGCAGCACCUAACAAAACACUGAUACGUAAAAAGAUUCCUAAUACUGCAGCUUGUUGAUCUUUACAGCUGUAAACUCAGUUUGUCUGUCAAAUGGGAGUUUUUUAUCUCGGCAGGUGUCCACUACUGUCUGAAAAUGUGAAGCUGUGAUUUAGGGCUUUUUCUGCGUAUUCUUUGGUGUGUGUGUGUGUGUGUGUGUGUGUGUGUGUGUGUGUGUGUGUGUGUGUGUGUGCGCGCAACUGGGCCUUAGUCUCUGAACCUGUUCUGUAGAUACAGUUAGGGCCAUGCUUUAAGGCUACAGUUCUGUUGUAUAGUGUGUUUGAAGCUGUCACUGUUCUCAAGAAAACGUAACUUAUGGGGUGAUAUUACGGAAAUGAUCGACCUGCAAUCCUGCAUGUCUCCUAGGAAAUAAUGUGACACAAAAUAAAGACUUUCAACCUCU